GGAAUGGCUGCCAGGCUGCUGUUUACAGUGUUGUAUAAAUAGAAUUGAGGCCAUGCACCCCCCUCCCCUUUGACUAUACAAGGAACACAGUAAUCUUCAGUCAAUCAAGCGUUUGUGCAGCCAGACUCUUGUCUGCUGGAUUUUGAGUAGUGUAGCCGGGCCGUAUCAACAGCAGUGAGGGCUUUGGUGUAAACAAGUUGUCUCGCAGAGCAUCUCAGAAAACUGCUUCUCCAAGUUUAAGAUCAGGGAGAGAGGAACAGAGACGGGGGAUAGUCACAGGGGAUUGCCAUAGUCUGGCAUUUACUAAGUAACUUAAGUAGGGCAACAGAGAUAAAAACACCAGACAGCCACAGUGACUCUUUUAAUGCAUUUUUUGAAGAAAAUGAUAUAAGGAGAAAACAUUUUCCUGAAGGGACACAAGCUCUGUCAAAGUGGAAGUCUUGCUGAGCUGGUUAACCAGCCAAGGAUAGUAUUAUACUAUAGUUGAGUGAGUGAUGAAGGGAGGUGACGAUGAUGAUGAUGACGUGUGGAAUGCAUCAGCAGUUAUACUGGAUAUUGACUCAGGGUCUUGGGCAGACCGUUCCCCUCUUCAUGAUGCUGCCAGCCAAGGACGACUGCUGGCCCUCAAGACCCUCAUUGCUCAGGGCCACAGUGUGAAUGUGCUGACAAUAGACCACAUUAGCCCUCUUCAUGAGGCGUGCGUACGGAGCCAUUUUGCCUGUGCCAGAGCCCUGAUAGAUGCCGGAGCCAACGUAAAUGUGACAACUAUAGAUGGUGUGACUCCGUUGUUUCAUGCCUGCUCAGCUGGCAGUUUGGCAUGUCUAGAGCUGCUCUUGCAGAGUGACGCCAGACCACAGGCCCUGGCUAUAUACCAGCCUUCACCCAUACAUGAGGCAGUCAGUAGAGGUCACAGCAAGUGUGUGGAGGCGCUGCUUGCAUGGGGCGCGGAUGUGGAUUAUGAAAUCCCUCACAUGGGCACCCCUCUCUACAGUGCUUGUCGGUGUAAGGAGUUCAUAUGUGCCCGCAUGCUGCUUGAUGGAGGUGCAAAUGUGCAGAGAGGCACACAUUUUGAGACUCCUCUUCAUGCAGCUGCCCAGAAAGACUGUGUUAGCAUAGUGAAGCUCCUGCUGGAAUUUGGGGCAGAUAUAAAUGCACGCAACCUGGAGUAUAAACGGCCCGCAGAGGUUGCUCCUCCAGGGAGCCUUACAGAGGGCUUCCUAUUGAUUUAUGAAGCGAUACCCCGUUCUCUACGUCAUCUGUGCCGUCAGCAAAUCAGGGAGAGUUUGGGACGUUCCCGACUGCAUCUUCUACCACAUUUGCCCCUUCCUAAAGCUAUGAAGAACUUUCUACAAUAUAGAUGAUAUCCUAGGCAGGCCAUCUUAGUAUUAUUAUAUAGUUAGGCUUAGUAUAAUUAAUAAUUUAAAAUAAAAGCCGUUUUACCUUUUUCCAUUUAAUAAUAAUCUCUGUUGCAUGCUUUGACAAGAAUAGGCCAACGAUAUACUUGGUAUAAUUUAAUAAACUUGUGAUCAGUA